AUGAAGGGAAAUUUAUUUCAUGUAGAAAUCAGCUCAUAAAGACAGUAAUACAAAUCUUGCUUAAUUUGUUUCAAAGAUUUUAGUGUAAUGACUAAGGAACAUUAAUGCAAAAGGUAUGAAAUGUGUCUAUAAACUUAAGAUGUAAACGAGCGGUAUGUGACAAAUGUGCUUAAAAUAAAAUGAUUAUAUUGGGUUAUUCAAAAAGCAAAGAUCCUCAUAGAGUUUGUAAUAUUUGCAAAUCUGAGUCUGAUAUGCUUAAAUAAUUUAUUCGAACUAAUAUGAUUUAGUUUAAUAAGGAUUCUUUAGGAUUAGAAUGGCUUAAAAAUCUUGGAGUUGAUGUGAGAUAGAUUAAAGAAUAAUACAAAGUAUAAGAGUAAAAAGACCCCUUAGAAUAUAAUUAGUUUAUAAAUUAGUUGGAUUUAAUUUAUGAUGAGAUUGAUAGAAAAAUGAAUUAUUCAAUAAGAGACUUUAUUAGUUUAGUAGUUUAAAUAGAAAAAGGUUUAGUUUUAGGUUCUAUUAGAAAUGUGCUUGGAACCUUCCUCAGAAAUCAUCCUGAAGUAGGCUUUCAUCCUUGUAUGAUUUUUACAACUUUAAUCUUAUUAUGUUUAAGUUCAGAAGCCACAUCUUAUGGUUUACUUAAAGUUAUUUAUACACGAUUAAUUCCUUAAGCAAUGCAUUUUAGAAACUUAAGACUUGGUUAUGACUUUAAAUCUGAGCUUGGUGUGAUGAUUAAAACAUUCCAUAAUUUAAAAAUUCCAACUGAACCUAUUAAACCAUUUCUAUAAGAAGUAGGACCUUAUAUUGUAUCAUUAACAAUAAAUGCAUUUGAAAUAUAAACAUCUUUAUUUAUGUUCUCUUAACUAUUCUAAGAAGAUGGAUUUAAUGAAUUUAUAAAAGUACUAACUUGUGCUUUUAGUGCACAUUAAUUCAAAGAAACACCAGAAAAAAAUAAAUUAUUUAUUCUUUGGAAUGUCAAAGAAUAAUAGUUUCAAAAAUAUUAUAAUGAAACUAAAAAAUAAAGAAGUGAUUCCAAUAGCAGUGUAAGAUCUAUAAGUUAAUCAGAGUAACAAUAAUAAUAAGAAAAUAAAAUGAAAUAAUAAAUCAAUUUAAUUUAAUAAGAAAAUACAAAUUUAAAAUAAGAAAUGGCUGUAGAUAAAAUUAAGAUUUCCAAAUAAAAAAUAGAAAUUGAUUAAUUAAGUGAUUAAAUAUAAAAUAUAUAGAAUGAAUUCAAAACUUUAAAACUUUAAUAUGAAAAACUUGAAACAGAAAACUCUAAUCUAUUAGAAUCAAAUCAUAAUCUUAAAUUAUAAUUUAUGAAAUAAGAAAAAGCAAAUGAAUCUUCAUCAUUUACUUUAUCAACGAAAAGUGAUUCAACACAAUUAGAAAAUGAACUUUUAAAAUGCAAAUAAGAAAUUGAAGUUUUAAAACUCUAAAACUCAAAUCCUACUUAAAUGGCAUAAUUAGUUAAAUUAAAGAAUGAUUAAAUUGCUAAAUUAACUUUAGAAAAAUCUGAAUUAGAAAAAAGGAUUGAAGCACUUGAAGAACCUAAAAUUUCAAAACGAACAUCUUCAGUUGCUUAAAUUAGUAGUGUAAUAAAAGAUUUAGAAGAAGGAAAAAAUCUUUUAGAAAAAAAAAAUUAAGAAAUCUUAAAUUUAAAAAAAUAAAUAUAAGAAUUAUAAUAAUAAAAAAAAUAAGAUUAAUUAACGAUUUCAUCAUAAAAUUUAUUUGAAAACUCUCAAAUAAAUUCUAAAAUUGAGAAUUAAGAUGAUGUAUCAGAUGAUCUUCAAUUAUUAAUUUAAGAUUAAGAUCCUGCAAAAAAAGUAGCAGCUAGAAAUAUUAAAUAAUUAAUAAGCAAACUAAAUGAAGAUUUAAUUUAUUAUAUGACUUAAGCAAAAAUCAAGAAAGAAUAGGUCGAACCUUUUCGUUAAAAAAGUGAAUCCUUAUAAAAACAAUUAGAUUAUUUAGUUGAAUAAAAUAAAGAAUUACAAAUAGAAAUAGAACAUAAAUAAGAUUUGAUUUAAGAACUUGAAAAAAAGAGAGUCAAACAAAAUAUUGAACCAAGACCAUAAGUAGUUUAAGAUGAUAAAAGAAUCUUAAGUGAAAAUAAAUAAAGUUGUGCUGCAAACGCAGAUUGUAAGAUUUUCUGA